CGCUGUCCGCACUGCCUCCGGCCGCCUUCCAGGCCGGUCUCAUGCUGCACCCAUAGCCGAGGCUCUGGGUCACCGAUGGCCGCCAGGCAGCCUUUCGCGGACGCGGACACUGCGGAUGAAGCGGUCCGAGCCACCUGCGACGAUGCGACCACCUGUAAAAGGUUUGCCACCAGUAAAGGCUACUGGAAGGACUCCAGCCUGCAGUACUUUGUGAGGAACGUUGGGGAGAGGAAGGCACCCGAGAUCAACAGAGGGUACUACGCCCGGGUUCAGGGGGUCAACCUGCUGCUGGACGCCUUCCUAAAGAAAACCCAGGGCCACUGCCAGGUGAUCAACCUGGGCGCCGGCCUGGACACCACCUUCUGGAGGCUGCAGGAGGUAAACCAGUUGCCAAGAAAGUUGUUUGAAGUUGACUUUCCGACUGUUGUGGCUCGGAAAAUCCACCACAUAAAGACAAAACCCCCUCUGUCCAAACCCAUCAUCGAUGUUCACUCCACUGACUCCUUACUGCUGGAGUCUCAUGUUCUGGACUCGGACCGGUUCUGCAUCAUCGGAGCCGACCUCAGAGACGUGCCCGGCCUGGACGAGAAGCUGAGGCGCUUCCAGCUGGACCCGGAGUUGCCCACGCUGCUGCUGUCAGAAUGCGUCCUGGUCUACAUGAGCCCGUCCCAGUCCGCCAGCCUGGUCCACUGGGCCGCUCAGACGUUUCACACCGCCAUGUUUAUAAACUACGAACAGGUGAACAUGAGCGACCGCUUUGGUCAGGUGAUGAUUGAGAACCUGCAGAGGCGGCACUGUGCGCUGGCCGGGGUGGAGCUGUGCCAGUCCCUGGACUCCCAGAAGGAUCGUUUCCUGAGGGCCGGCUGGGAUCAGGCCAACGCUCUGGACAUGAUGGCGGUCUACAGCGUCCUCCCUCAGGACGACGUGGCCAGAAUCGAGCGUUUGGAGUUCCUGGAUGAGAAGGAGCUGCUGCAGCAGCUGCUGCAGCACUACUGCAUCUGCUGGGCCUCCAAGGACCGGCUCAACCUGGGGCUGUCGCAGCUGGCCUUCUGAGGGUCAAAGGUCACGGUCGGGUUGCCAGAGUCAGCAGGAGGAGCAGCAGGGGAAGAGGACGCUCUGAUCACCUGGGAGCUGUGGGGUCAGAGGUCACACUGGAACCACAUGCUGGAAAAACUUAAACGAGAAUAUUUAAAAAUGUUUAACAGAAUCUGCUGGAAAUAAAGACUGAGAGACGAGA